CAAUUAAGGUCUUAUAAUAAAAUAGAAAAGUUCAUUUAUUUUUCAUGUGACGUCAUUGUAUUACUGUAAGUGUACGUCAUUAGUUCGAGGCAAACCGCUCCGAAUCAGUAUCCUGCCCUCUGAUUGGUCCGCUCGCUGAUUGGCCUCGCUCGUGAUUGGUCGAAAGUUUCCAGCUGGGACAGUCUGUGGCUAGCAGUUUGUUUUCCUGCCUGCGGCUCAAAGUUUGGGGACGCUGACCUGCCGCUGGAGUCGAACCGGGCCCCGGGGGCGUCUUUUUCCUCAAUCUCCGUCCCGUUAACGUCCAACCACUUUGAAUUGUUUCGGAUUCUAUUUUUGUUUCCUCUCCGGUCUCGCGGUUCUUCUCCUUGCUGCCCGCCGCUGGUGGUCGUGUCCUGCUCGGGGGCGUUUUGUCAUCAAACUUUUGACAAAAGUCUUCAUUUUUGCUCGUUUCACUUUCAUAUUUCCAACCUACAUUAAUCACUUAACACCGGAUCAAGUGACCGACGUCCCAAAAUCAUUAUUUUUUUUUGUAUAACCUCGUCGCUGGCGGGACUAUAUAGCCGUGCUGACAUCUUCUCCCUCACCCGACAGACGUCUUCUCCAACUAGAACCAGCAUGAGGCCAGGGUCCGUUUGCCUGCUGCUGCUGCUGCUGCUGCUGCUGGAGUCGCUCCUGAUGUGCAGCGCUGCCAGAGGUCCGCCCAGGGUGUCCGAGCGAGUGGCCCACCGGCAGAGCGUCCGCCUGGGUCGCACCAUGAAGCUUCCCUGCCCCGUGGAGGGCGACCCGCCGCCGCUCAUCAUGUGGACCAAAGACGACCGCAACAUCCACAGCGGCUGGACGCGCUUCCGGGUGCUGCAGCACGGCCUGCGCAUCAAAGACGUGGAGGCGGGCGACGCCGGCACGUACAUCUGCAAGGCCACCAACGGCUUUGGCAGCGUCAACGUCAACUUCUCCCUCAUCAUCAUCGAUGAUUCGGGUUCCAGAGCAGCAGGCAGUGGAUCGGAACACGCUCCAGAACUUUCCCUGAAGCUCGUGCGGCCUCGUUUCACGCAGCCCGCCAAGAUGAGGAAGCGCGUCAUCGCUCGGCCGGUGGGCAGCUCCGUGCGCCUCAAGUGCGCCGCCAGCGGCAACCCUCGGCCCGACAUCGUGUGGCUGAAGGACGGCCGGCCGCUGGCGGGGGGCGAGGGAGGCGGCGCUGGCGAAGGCGAGGAGGCGGGCGGGAAGAAGAAGUGGACUCUGAGUCUGAGGAGCCUGGCGCCGGAGCAUAGCGGCAAAUACACGUGUCACGUGACCAACCCGGCGGGCCACAUCAACGCCACCUACAAAGUAGAAGUCAUACAGCGCACCAACUCCAAACCCAUCCUGACGGGCACCCACCCGGUCAACACCACCGUGGACUACGGAGGAACCACCUCACUGCAGUGCAAAGUGCGCAGUGACGUCAAGCCCGUCAUCCAGUGGCUGAAGAGAGUGGAAGCCGGAGACGAGGGCAAGUUCAACUCCACCAUCGAGGUGGGGGACCAUCACUUUGUGGUUCUGCCCACUGGGGAGGUCUGGUCCCGACCCGACGGAUCUUAUCUCAACAAGCUGCUGAUAACGCGAGCCAAGAAGGAGGACGCCGGCAUGUACAUCUGUCUGGGCGCCAACACCAUGGGCUACAGCUUCAGGAGCGCCUACCUCACCGUCACGCCAGAUGUGACGCCCCAAAACAACUUGGUGGUUUCAGCGGCGUCCCCCAGCCUCCCCUGGCCCGUCAUCAUCGGGAUACCAGCGGGCGUGGCCUUCAUCCUGGGCACCGCCCUCCUCUGGUUCUGCCGGUCCAAACGCCCCUGCGCCGCCUCGUCUCCCCCCGCGUCUUCCGCUCCGCCCGCAGCCCAGCGCCUCCCGGUGGCGGGCCGGGAGCGAGCGUGCCCUCCCGCUCAGCCGGGCGGCGCGGACAAGGAGCGCCUGUCCUACGAGGACUACGUGGCCCACCAGCAGCAGCAGCUGCUCGCCAAGGCCGGCGGCGGCCCCGCCCCCAAACUCUACCCUAAAAUCUACACGGACGUCCACACGCACACGCACUCGCACGUGGACGGUAAAGUGCACCAGCACCAACACAUCCACUACCAGUGUUAGCGCACAAACGCCGACUUUUGGCGCACCAGUGAAGAAUGUAAAGAUUUUUAUUUUCAAAAGUGUUGUUUUUAUUUGAGAACGUUGGCGUCGUGUUCAACGUUUGACUUCUCGAGCUCGCCUUUCUCGUGCAUCGUCCAGCACGGUUAUAUAGCAUUUAGCAUGUAGCAUUUAGCAUGCACAGCUGUAUGAGUUUUCUAUGAAUAUGACCAUCCAGCUCUGCAGGUGUUCCUAAUAUUGUGGCCGUGGCUGCGAUCAAAUCUUCCUUUAUGAACCUGUGAAGCUUUUUUUCGUACUUGUAUUGUAUCGUUCGUAUUUGUACGGUCGUUAAGAUGUAUUAUAGCAGCAUUAUUUUUGCCUCUUUUUUUUUUAAUUACAAAAACUCCAAACUAAGGCUUUAAGGAAAACAAGCGGACUUUCUCUCCGGUUUGUAGCGAUUAAGAAAACACAUAUUUUGCCAUAUUGGCGAUGAACGGUUACCCCCCUGUUGGCCGUUGGAGGAACUGCAGAGCUACUUCCACUCUUAGGUGCUUUCAAAUGUUUACUUGUGUUGAACCCAUUAAAACAGGGUUGUCCAACAAGCGGCCCACGGUACAUACUUUUCAUCAAAUUACUAAUAACUAGUAAUACUGCUCAUUUUUCUACUAAAAAUACCAUUUAAAAAAUCUAAAAAUGUAAUUUAGUGAUUACUAAAUGCCAUUAAACGACCCCAAAAUGCACGAUAUAUAUGUAGAAUAUGAAUUACUUAAAAUAAUGUCAAAAAAGUAUUUUAAAAUGCCAAUACAUUAAAAAAAUGCCAUCAAACUACCUCAAACCUCCCAUUAAAUUAAUAGAAAAAUUACUAUUAACCAUUAAAUGACCCAAAAUUCCGAUACAAUUACAAAAAAUACCCAUUAAAAAUAAUCUCAAAAAAAGAUUUUAAAAUGCCAAUAAAUUAAAGACAAUGCCAUCAAAUUAACUUGAAGCUCCCAUUAAAAUAAUUUAAAAAAAGAUACUAUUGACUACAAAUGCCAUUAAAUGACCCAAAAUUCCAAUAGAAUUACAAAAAAUACCCAUUAAAAUACUAUAACAAUAUCAUUAAAUACUGAAGAAAGUCAAUAAAUUGCAAAAAAAACCCUCCAGAAAAUGUUGUUAAAUUACCCAAAAAUUCACAAUCAAUUUUUUAAAGAUUGUCAUAAAUUACCUUCAAAAAUAACAAUGAAUAAUUAAAAAUGGCAAUAAAUUAUUUAAACAAAUUGCCAUUAAAUUACCCCAAAAUUCCAGAUUAUUUACAAAAAAUCCAUUAAAUCAUAAAAACAAUGUCGUUAAAUAACGAAAGAAAGUCAUUAAAUUGCACGUAAAAGAUAAAUUACUUAAAAUAAUAAAAAAUAAAAAAAUGUAAAUGCCAAUAAAUUAAAUACAAUGCCAUCAAAUUACCUUGAAACUCCCAUUAAAAUAAUUUUAAAAAAGAUACUAUUGACUACAAAUGCCAUUAAAUGACCCAAAAUUCCAAUACAAUUACAAAAAAUACCCAUUAAAAUACUAUAACAAUGCCGUUAAAUACUAAAGAAAGUCAUUAAAUUGCAAAAAAAUACUCCAGAAAAUGUUGUUAAAUUACCCAAAAAUUCACAAUCAAUUUUUUAAAGAUUGUCAUAAAUUACCUUAAAAAAUAACAAUGAAUAAUUAAAAAAUGGCAAUAAAUUAUUUAAACAAAUUGCCAUUAAAUUACCCCAAAAUUCCAGAUUAUUUACAAAAAAUCCAUUAAAUCAUAAAAACAAUGUCGUUAAAUAACGAAAGAAAGUCAUUAAAUUGCACGUAAAAGAUAAAUUACUUAAAAUAAUAAAAAAUAAAAAAAUGUAAAUGCCAAUAAAUUAAAUACAAUGCCAUCAAAUUACCUUGAAACUCCCAUUAAAGUAAUUUUAAAAAAGAUACUAUUGACUACAAAUGCCAUUAAAUGACCCAAAAUUCCAAUACAAUUACAAAAAAUACCCAUUAAAAUACUAUAACAAUGCCGUUAAAUACUAAAGAAAGUCAUUAAAUUGCAAAAAAAUACUCCAGAAAAUGUUGUUAAAUUACCCAAAAAUUCACAAUCAAUUUUUUAAAGAUUGUCAUAAAUUACUUUUAAAAAUAACAAUAAAUAAUUAAAAAAUGGCAAAUUAUUUAAACAAAUUGCCAUUAAAUUACCCCAAAAUUCCAGAUUAUUUACAAAAAAUCCAUUAAAUCAUAAAAACAAUGUCGUUAAAUAACGAAAGAAAGUCAUUAAAUUGCACGUAAAAGAUAAAUUACUUAAAAUAAUUUAAAAAAAAAUGUUUAAGUGCCAAUAAAUUAAAGACAAUGCCAUCAAAUUACCUUGAAGCUCCCAUUAAAAUAAUUUAAAAAAAGAUACUAUUGACUACAAAUGCCAUUAAAUGACCCAAAAUUCCAAUACAAUUACAAAAAAUACCAAUUAAAAUACUAUAACAAUGCCAUUAAAUACUAAAGAAAGUCAUUAAAUUGCAAAAAAAAUACUCCAGAAAAUGUUGUUAAAUUAUCCAAAAAUUCACAAUCAAUUUUUUAAAGAUUGUCAUAAAUUACUUUUAAAAAUAACAUUAAAUAAUUAAACAAUGGCAAUAAAUUAUUUAAACAAAUUGCCAUUAAAUUACCCCAAAAUUCCAGAUUAUUUACAAAAAAAUCCAUUAAAUCAUAAAAACAAUGUCGUUAAAUAACGAAAGAAAGUCAUUAAAUUGCAAAAUAAAUACUCCAGAAAAUGUUGUUAAAUUACUCAAAAAUUCACAAUCAAUUUGUUAAAGAUUGUCAUAAAUUACUUUUAAAAAUAACAAUACCUAAAAAAAAAAUGCCAAUAAAUUCUUUAAACAAAAUGCCAUUACACUACUCAAAAAUGCACAAUUUACAUGUAAAAGAUAAAUUACUUAAAAUAAUCUCAAAAAAAUAUUUUAAAAUGCCAAAAAAUUAAAGACAAUGCCAUCAAAUUACCUUGAAGCUCCCAUUAAAAUAAUUUUAAAAAAGAUACUAUUGACUACAAAUGCCAUUAAAUGACCCAAAAUUCCAAUACAAUUACAAAAAAUACCCAUUAAAAUACUAUAACAAUGCCGUUAAAUACUAAAGAAAGUCAUUAAAUUGCAAAAAAAUACUCCAGAAAAUGUUAAAUUACCCAAAAAUUCACAAUCAAUUUUUUUUUAAUUGUCAUAAAUUACUUUUAAAAAUAACAAAUAAUUAAAAAAUGGCAAUAAAUUAUUUAAACAAAUCGCCAUUAAAUUACCCCAAAAUUCCAGAUUAUUUACAAAAAAAUCCAUUAAAUCAUAAAAACAAUGUCGUUAAAUAACGAAAGAAAGUCAUUAAAUUGCAAACAAAAUACUCCAGAAAAUGUUGUUAAAUUACCCAAAAAGUCACAAUCAAUUUGUUAAAGAUUCUCAUGAAUUAAUUUUAAAAAUAACAAUGAAUAAUUAAAAAAAUGCCAAUAAAUUAUUUAAACAAAAUGCCAGAUUAAUUACAAAAAAUCCAUAAAACCAUAAAAACAAUGUUGUUUAAAUAAUGAAAGAAAGUCAUUAAAUGACGAAACAAUGCCAUUAAUUACCGUACUAUAGAAAGUCAUUAAAUUGCAAAAAAAAAUACUCCAGAAAAUGUUGAAUUGCCCUAAAGAUUAACAAUCAAUUUGUUAAAGAUUCUCAUAAAUUACUUUUAAAAAGAUCAACUAAUUAAAACAUGCCAAUAAAUUCUUUAAACAAAAUGCCAGAUUAAUUACAAAAAAUCCAUUAAAUCAUAAAACAAUGGCGUUAAAUAACGAAAGAAAGUCAUUAAAUUACUAAACAAUGCCAUUAAUUACUAUAGAAAGCCAUUAAAUUGCUAAAAAAAAAAAAAAAAAUACCAUAAGAUUACUCAAAAAUGUUUUGUUAAAAUACCCCAAAAUUUGCAAUCAAAUUGUUAAAGAUUCUCACAAAUAAUCUUUAAAAAUAACAAUAAUUAAAAAAAAAAAGCCAAUAAAUUCCUAAAGAAAAUGCAAUUAAAUUACCUCAAAAUCCCAAAUAUUUAGGAAAACAAAUACCAUUAAUUAACUAAAAAUGCAGUUCAAUUACCCAAAAUUCCAGUUAAAUUACAAAUAAAUUCAGUUCAAUUAAUAAAACAAUGCUUAAAAAUUACACAAGAAAAUGCCAUUAAAUUACCAAAAAAAUCACAAUAAAGUUGUUGAAGACUCUCAUUAGAUUAUUUAAAAAAAUAUAUAAGUAAAUAAAAAAUGCCAAUAAAUUAUUUGAGAAAAAAAUAUUAAAAAUUCCCAUUAAAUUAUUUUUAACAAUACAUUUAAAACACAACAAAUUUAGUUAACUAACCCAAAUUUUAAUUAAGAUUAUAAAUAAACAAAAUUACCCUAAAAGUCCUAUUAAAUCACCCCCAAAAAUGUUAAAUAAUUAUUACAAAUUCGGGGAAACAAAAUGUGGAACCGUUAAGACUAACGACCUUAAUAAUACGUACAGUAUAUAACUUUUGAACAUGUCAUUUUACUUGGACUGCAAAAGACUGAAGCAUGUUCAGAAACAUUUUGACUCAAAUAUUGUACUGCAAGAAAUUAACGGGGCUUUGUUUAGUUUUUUUUUAUGAAAGAUGUAAUAGUUUUGUUACAUUUCUGCUUGCCAUCUUUCACUUCAGAUGUAAAAAUAAUUGGACAGCCCUGCUUUAAAGCUAAUUGACCUUCGGCUGUGCACUUACUCACCUUUGCUAAAUUCAAUUGUUUUUACCAACCAGCCAUCCCAAAAGAAAGUGUAUUUUAUUCCUAAUUUAUUGACUAUGGGCAUUAUUAUACUGCAUGAGUUUACUUUAAUGUAAGAUAUUGUAUUUAUACGCGCUGGCAGAGUACACAAAACCUCCUAGAUAAUCCUUGUAUGGACAAUCUUGUACAGUUUCAUCUUCAUUCAUCACCUUAUUGUCGCCAUUAAAAAGGAAUCUGUGGGAAGCA